CUUUCAACACUCCUGGCUGAACUCCAUAACCAGCUUCUUCCAGCAGAAUCAACUAAUAACAAAGUACUUGGAACGUGUAGAAUCACCAGGCCAGCCACCUUUUAGAAAUUGAGGACUCUUCCCAGAGCUCAAAAGAGAACAUCAUCUCUUUCAAAACUCAAAGCCAUGUCUCAGGGAUCAGUGUCAUUCAAGGAUGUGACCGUGGACUUCACCCAGGAGGAGUGGCUGCAACUGGACUCUGCUCAGAAGGCCCUCUACAGGGAUGUGAUGCUGGAAAACUAUUGUCACCUCAUUUCUGUGGGGUUUCACAUGACUAAACCCGACAUGGUUCGCAAGUUAGAACAAGGAGAAGAGCUAUGGACCACAGAAAGAGAUUAUCCAAGUUGCAUCUACCUAGGAGAAGAUGGGAAAGCUGGAGAAGGUAUAGUGAAGUUCAAAGAAUACCAAGACAAGGAUUCCAGAUUGGGUAUAUUCAUUAACCACAAAAACUUAAUUAAGGAAAGAAGCAUUAUUUAUGGGAAAACAUUUACUCCAGGCAAGAACCAAAUUUCAAAAACACUAUGUAAAUAUAAAAUGAAUGGGAAAGUUUUGAAAAAUAUUUCAGAAUUAGCCAUUAGGAAUAUAAAUCCUAUAAAAGAGAAGUUUGGUGAGAGUAAAGGAUGGGAGAAAUCACUCCUCAGUACUAAGCAUGACAAAAUUCAUCCUAUGGUGAAUCUCUAUAAGCAAACAGAGAAAAGUCUCAUUUGUAAACAAGAACUUAUUCAGUAUCAGAAAGGCUACAUUCCAGAGAAACUAUUUGAACAUAAUGAAUAUGAAGAAUCCUUUCUUAUGGAAGAAAUGUUAUUUACUCAUACCAGAGUUCACAGAGGUGAAAGACCAUUCGAAUAUGAUAAAGACGGAAUAGCCUUCAUCCAAAAGUCAAAUACUGUUGUCCAUCCACAAACUCUUAUGGAAAAGAAGCCCUGUUCUUACAGCAAAUAUGGAAAAUACUUAUAUAGGAAAUCUGUUUUUAUAAUGCAUGAGAGAUCUCAAACAGAGGAGAAACCCUUUCAAUGUCCUCACUGUGGGAAUGGUUUUAGGAGGAAGUCUUACCUCAUUGAACACCAGAGAAUUCACACAGGUGAGAAACCUUAUGUUUGUAGUCAAUGUGGAAAGGCCUUCCGUCAGAAGACAGCACUCUCACUUCAUGAGAAAACACAUAUAGAGGGGAAACCCUAUAUUUGCAUUGAUUGUGGGAAGUCAUUCCGCCAGAAGGCAACACUCACCAGACAUCACAAAACACAUACAGGGGAGAAAACCUAUGAAUGUACUCAAUGUGGGAGUGCCUUUAGAAAGAAGUCAUACCUCGUUGAUCAUCAGAGAACUCACACUGGAGAGAAACCAUAUCAAUGUAAUGAAUGUGGGAAGGCUUUCAUCCAGAAGACAACCCUCACUGUACAUCAGAGAACUCACACGGGAGAAAAACCUUAUAUUUGUACUGAGUGUGGAAAAUCCUUCUGCCAGAAGACAACCCUCACUCUCCAUCGGAGAAUUCAUACAGGAGAAAAACCCUAUGUUUGUAAUGAAUGUGGAAAGUCUUUUCGCCAGAAGGCAAUCCUCACUGUUCAUCAGCGAAUCCACACUGGAGAGAAAUCCAAUGGAUGUCCUCAGUGUGGGAAAGCCUUUAGUAGGAAGUCAAAUCUCAUCCGUCAUCAGAAAACUCACACAGGAGAGAAGCCAUACGAAUGUAAAGACUGUGGAAAAUUUUUCAGUUGUAAGUCAAACCUCAUUGUCCAUGAGAAAACUCACAAGGAAAAACUGGGAAUAUAUUGAGUGAUAUGGCUUUUUUUUGUAAAAACCUAUAUUAGUAAACUGUAUACACUAGAAGUAUAUUAAAUGCCAUAGUUUAAGGUACUGUACCAUAUAUUUACCUACUGUUUGCUAGCCUAUAUAAUACCAAAAAUACUUAUUAGACAAAUGACAAAUGUCAUUAAAAAUAAGCCAAAUUUUAAAAUAUUCGAGCUGAUAAACAUCCUCUCUCUCAAACUGCUAUAAUCAUUUUACAUUUCUUAUUUUAAUAUAUAUCUUAUUGUGAAUGAGUAAUAAACAUUUGGCCGACUAGCAGUUGUCCAUGGAGAUGUGAUCUGUAUUUCUCAUUGCAAUAUGAAGUAAAAAUUAGUUGUCACCUAGUCAGUUAACCAUGAUAGUGGCUUCUAACAUGACAAAUUAGUUUUUGCUUAUUAUAAAACUAUAUGUUUAAAAAUACAAUACAUAAAAGGAACCCUGGUUGCAUAAUGGCUACAUGUUCAGCUGCUAACCAUCUAGCCACGCUGUAGGAGAAAGACAGGUCUUUCUUUGUAUCUGGCUCUGCGGGAAUCCAGCUGCCAGGAAAAAUCCAAUCUGCUUCUAUAAAGAUGAUAUCUAGUAAGCAGUUGCCUCAUCUCAUAUAAAAUAGUAUGAGUCAAAAUGGAGUCAACGGCAUUUAACAAUAUUAAGCACUUUUUCAUGUAUAAAUGCUCUAAUCAUCAUUAUUGAAUGUAACAGAAAUUUACUUAUGUUUGUAUGUGUAUUCUGUGUAGAGUUCUAUUGUAAGGUUAUGUCACCAUUCUGUUGUUAGAUAGAAAUUUUCAUCGUUCACAGCCUAAAGUCAUAUCAAGUAAUGUUUCUUUGAGCAUAUUUGGCUUUGGGCAUGCAUAUAUAAGAAUUACUUUUGUGUAAUAUACCGAGUUGAAUUGCUAGGCCCUGGGCCAUACUAUGUUUAAUCAGUUUUGAGAUACUGCCAAACAACUUAGAGCUUUCACAGCAUAAUUCAUUGUAAAUGGAAUACAACUGUAAACAUCAAUAUAAUGGUGGUUCAAACCAGAAAUUAUAGAUAUAAUACAUGGAGACAGGUGCUUUUUUUUUUUUCAAGUCACAGAGCAAUCCUUAUAUUUACUGUCACACACGUAAUAAAUGUGGGCUUAACUUUAGUCACAAGUAAUGCCUUACUGAAAUUUUUAAAGAAUAAAUCUAGGAAAAGGGAGUUACUUUAUAAUUUUCUUGUUCAAUAUCAGAGUAUCUUCCUUGCUUAUCACCAGGAAAUAUAGUUAGAGAAAAACCCUGGCUUGAAUGAAAGGGGAUAUCAUUUAACAGUGAUCUACAUGUCAUAUAAAAAUAAGAAUAUGAAAAAGCCUAUACCCAUCCUAGUGUACUCUUUAUAUAGCAUCAAAGAAAGGAAGACUAAAAAGGGAACAGAUGAGACUUGGGACUCUGACUCUGUGGGAAGCCAGCUGCCAUGAAAAGACCAAUCAUACUGAGACUGUGAUACAAGAAGAAUCCACUGUAGGCACCUGGUUUGUACCCUCACUUGAGAUCCCAGUCAUCAGGCAUUAUCAACUGCCAGCCAUAUGUGAAUGACUUUCAGUGCAAGGUUCAAACAGCACCUUGUGUAUACUACUGCCUCAGGAUUCAGAGGCAGAUUAUGAAGCAUCACAAAGAUAUUUUAAGAGUUUUUCCAAUUCAAUUUUUAAAAACUAUAAGCUCCUACAAAACAUGGUUUUUUUAGUUGUAUGAGCCCCUAAUAAAAUGUUAAAAAAAAAACGAAAAAAAAAAACACCAUGGUUUUUUAUAACUUGUGUAUGAAGAGGCUUUAAAAAGUUAAUGGGAAAAAGGAAUGAAAAGAAUAGAACUUUCCCAUGAAAUGUUAGAAGCCCCUCCUACCCCCUGCUACCCUAAUAACAGAUUGUAUACAGUGCAUCUCAAACAUGAAGUUUUCUUGCUAGAUAAUUUUUCCAGCAGUU